AGAAGGAAUUGCAAUUAAUGUUGUCAUAUUCCUGCCGACAGGGGGUCCUAAGGUGCGAGUCUUUGACAGAGGAAUUGGUAACUACAUUUAUCAGCAAAAAUCGAACGCCAGGGGCACAAUCUGUUUGUUUGAAGCCGGCUAAAUAUCGUCCCGGGCCUGGCAUAUGAAGACUCGAUGCUUCAGUGGUAUUGAUUGUAAAAGAGAGUUUCGUCCCGGAGUAAUGAUUGCUGGGGGCAAGGGGAGACGCCGCCCCGUGACUACAUCACGCGUCAUUACACCGACAUCGUCGACAGAGGCCACUCACAGACAGGCAGAAGACUAACGGUUGUGGUGAUUGGCAUCAAACGUCAACCAUUUCAAGUCUGAUGUACUUACAACUGUCUGAUACCUUGAUUAGCCGUGUGGUUCGUUGUUACGUACACGUGGAAAGUUGGCGGUGGUACACCAGUAACAUCCAUACCUGUCACGUGUACCUCAUCUUGAAAGGAGCAGUGAUGUAGAUUCGGCACCCAGAACAGGCAGGCUACAAGUGGAAAGUUUGUGAGAGUUGAUCUGCUGCAGGAUCGAUGACAGAGGUAAUUCAUGGGAUGUAUUUUGACUCACUCGACGAUCAACGAUACAUGUUAGAACAGGCUGCUUCAUAGAAUGCUUCACAGGCUUUCAAACAGAAUGCCUCACAGAGUGCUUCACAGACCUUCUAACAGAAUGCUUCACUGAAGGACUAAACUCUGAACUUUUAAACUGUGUGAGGUCAGCCUGUUACCGCAUCGAGGUCGUGAUCACUCACCUGAGAGGCGGUCCCUAGAGGUGAAUAAGAAACAGUUGGUCCUAUAACACUUCACUGUGUUUGAAACAAAUCUAUGUGACGGUUCACCUCUCAAAACGGUCUCUAUUUCUGACAGGUCACAUCGAAACAAACACCUGUGAAGCCCACAUCUGUUUGGAAGUACUUGAACGUUAAAUGAAAGCCUCAACCAAGUCCUGAGUAGUACCAUCAUUAGAAACAUUGAUGGAAGUAGUUCCUACAUUGUGACUCAAAGAAAGCCUGAGACAGUAUACCGAGUUUCUGAACAGCCUGACGUGAUUCUGGGACGGUUCCAACUUCUUUCCCAGUCAAUCUCCGUGUUUUGCCGAUGUGUAUUGACCCAAGUCGUGCCUCGUGCCCGAUGUUUGCCCAGGGUAAGAUCUUGAAGGCCUUUGGUCAUCGUCGGUCAACAUCUGAGGCUGCCUCAUAAUCCUCAGGAACAGAUGUGCCACGACUGUUUUGUGACUUAUGAAGAUGUGUUGCAUCCUAAUGUCAUCCUGAUUCUCUUGAACAUUAAUACCCAGUUAAAAACAGGAACAAGUGUAAGGCUGGCAUUUAUAUUUUCAUAGAAAAAGGUCUCUGGAGAAAAUGCGUUCUAAAUGCCGUUACUGAACUUGAGGGAUGAAGUACAAUGUCAAAGGAUAAAUUGACAUUUUACUGUUCAGUAGGAAAGUUAAUUUAAUUACUCCGAGACUGCGUGAAAGGUCAGAUCGUAUGCACACUUCCAUUCAUCCCAACUGAACAAAAGCUGAGGAAUCUUAACCCAGCGCCAGACACAAGGAACAACGAGAGUGAGAGAGAGAAACACAUUACUACAUAAGAAGUGUUUGUUUCCAUUCACAGCAAUACAGUGGCAGUGCAGAAGGAGAUCGAACUUCCCCUUCUGGAGUACUGAGAGUUAUCGACCCGUCCGCCCUGGACUAAAUACCAGCUUAAGUAAUAUACCAGAAGGACAUCAACAGUUUUUUCCACAGCAUUUAAGAAGUAACAAAGCAACUACCGCUGGUAGCCUGAGUUAUUGACCAGCCCAGUAAAGUGAUUAAUACCCUUUCGUGAGAAGAGGGCGAGGACAUCGACGUCUUUUGAGAACUUUUCACAAUCUGGUUCAUUAUUUAUAUCCGGCUAGACAAGCAUUGGUUUAAAACCUUUUUGGUCUGUGCAUGUUAGAGUCUCGACAGUCAUUUGAAGUAGAUUCGGCUGAAAAGUGUGUUAUCGAAGUGAUUUCCAUGGUGAGGCAAUGUAUGUAACAUGUGUCUGUGUCAUGUUUGAACAUCUUUGGAAGUAGGCACGACUAUUGUUCAGAUUGGAAUUGUUACGUCGGAGGGACGGGUACGUUUGGACGUUUUGGUGUUGAAAAACAGAAAAACUGGAAAAAAAACAAGUCUGCUGUUGAAAAACAGAAAAACUGAAAAACAAGUGUUUUAUACAGAGAGAUGCUUGUACCGAAGAUUUGGAGACUAUAACAUCGUGAUGUAAUGCUUACACUGGAGAUGGUGUUUUAGAAUUGCCCUGCCCAGGAGCAUCCUGUACCCUGGCAUUCAGAGAUCACCCUGUGGACCGAUAUAUGUGAUUGCAGACCCGAUUCACAUUAUUUUAUAUUGCUCAACCUUGCAUCUGAUCAUCGAGUACCAGACUUUUAGAGAUCAUGAUACAGAUGUAUGUGAUUCUGUGAUCCGAUUCCUACCAUGUACCCUUUGUGAAUGACAUGUCUCAAUUGACCUCAUGUCAGUGUGAACUUUGAAAUUCCUUCUAAAAAGGAUUUCCAUCGAUGUUCAUUGAAUUACUUAACGCCUGAUUUAUUGACUCAUUUAACACCUAAUGAAUGCUUGACGUUCUGGAGAAGGAUAUGACACAAACGACCGAUCCUGAAAACUCCCUGCUGACAUGUGAUCGUUGAAAUAUUAAUAACUAUUACAUUUUUAUUGUCUGUGAAGAGCACUACAACAUUAUCUGCCCGCCAGCAGCAUCGGGAGGUACAUGCAAGCUGAAGCCUUUAGACGGUGAUCAUUAAAACCACUCGAAGUUCAUAUCCUUUUAAUGACCAGCAUUGACAUUAAAGAGCUUUUUAACUUGUCAAGAACCUUGUAGAAAUGCCCCUAUGAGCAGUAUUUAGACUGCUAUUGACGAGAGAACAAGUAUUAAAGUUGAGGAUGCGAAGGUGAUAGAAAGGCUUGGUGAUAAAACUUGCCGUGUGUGCAAUUGGAAACUAUCAUUUAAGCUUGCGCAGUGUGAUUCCUCUUCUUUGCUCAUCUCUAACAGUGAUAUCGGUGGCGUUAACGACAGCAUUCGCAACGACAUUACCUCCAUCUCAGGGGACUCGGGGACGGCAGUCAGGAGGCGAGGGGAAGAAUUGCAACUUAUCACAGACAACGCCAGUAAUCUCAGAAAACAAUCUCUUCCCAGCUCAUCUAAAAGCGUAAAUCGCUCACCCAUGCAGAGAAACUAUUUGAUUUGUUAUGUGAGAAAACAUUUUGCGAGCCCAAUAUUUCAGGCUUCCCUCCGAGGCUAUCAUCAUUAACUGUGGGAGUUAUUAACCCGCCCCGUGAGCUGGAAAACAGUUAGAAUGUCACAGUGAGUACAUCGUUAUUAUAACAGGACCCGGAUCGAUAUUACUGCGCCAUCGAACCUUUCAGAGUUCAGAGGUCAAGUUUGGCAGUAAUUACGACGUCCUUCCGCAAAUAGUGCCCCACUUGGCGGCGUAUGUGGAGAGAAAGGUCAUAUCCCUGCUCAUUCACUGGUGAUUUAUUCUGUUCACACUAAGCAUUUAGCCUCGUAUAGACCUAAUUGCCAGAACUUCACUCAGCUCUGUUUCCGUGGGACAUAUAUCAUUCCGGAUCCCAAGUAGAGCCUUCUGUAACAUCGCAUUUACUUCGUACGACUUUUAUACACCACUGAGGGAGGAGGAUCUGGUUUUAUUACAUGAUACAAUCGGGAUUUCGUGGACUCACUGACGUUUAAGAGUUGUUUGUCAAGCGUCCAAUUCACUUCUGGAGUAUUGCCGUGCGUAAGGACUAUUAUUACCACAGGCAACUGUGCUCAAGUCGAAAGAAUAUACUGGAGCUAACAAAUCAUAGGUCAUGCCAUAUUCACGAGAAGGAAAUAAAGUACAGAUUAACUAUUGAAUCGAUACACAGACUGCCAAUUUAACGCUCAAAUUGUGACGUCAUUUCCGAAAUCGGCGACGUUAUUUUGCCAGCGGAAGCGUUGCUACAUGUAACGUUAUCGGUAGUGAAAAGGUCUGUGACGUUGAUAUCCUUCCGCCAGAAUGGUAUAAGUGGCCCAUUGACCAUGAUGAAUUGGAUGUCUUUAUGAACGGUGCCAUCAUAACUACAGCUUGGCAGACACCUGACUGCUCUCAGCUAUAUUAUAGUCGGCAGGAUUCUUUAACUCAACAGGAUGCCUUCACCAAUUCUCCUCAUAUGGGUUUUACUCUCAGUCCUUGUGGCGGGGACGUGCACGUUCAGUUUUCUACAACCUUUCUGGCUACUUCACCACGACUUCAGCCACGCUUUCGGCAUGAUCAGUUACUGUUUCGGCGACACCAGGUACGCCAAGUCGCGUGAGGUAUGUCGCUUCUAUGGCGGAACUUUCAGCAUGGGCCGGGUACCAGUAAGGGCGUGGCAGGCUUCGUGUGUUCUCUACGGUGGAGGGUGUGGACUUAUCAGCCUCAGUGCGUUCGUGUCCGUGUGCGUCACAUGUCUUCCACGUGACUAUCAGAAGUCCAUGACCCGAAUUGUGGGAUACGUACAAACAGUAGCAGUACUCAUCAUGAUCGCAGGCCUGCUGAUAUUUCCACUCGGAUUUGGGUCGUCAUACUUCCGCCAUUACUGCGGAGACACAGCUUCCGCUUACGACUCAGGCCACUGUCUGAUUGGCUGGAGCUACAUGCUGGGAAUUAUGGGAACUGCGCUUUCAAUGUUUUGCCCUUUCCUAUCUCAAUUCACAGACAUGAAAACCAGUGACAUUUUCUCCUGACGACCGGAAGUCGUCUGCUGCUUGUGAUAUGCCUGAGACGUGUAAGGAAAGCAAUAACAGUUUGUUGAUGGAGGGGGCGGGUGUGUAAAUAUAGAUGUGCUAGGGCGAGGAGCGGUACGUUCGUUUUGGGGGAGGAGGUUUUUUAAACUGUGAUAUGUGAUAUGACACGAUGUACAUUCAAGAUGAGGAUAGGGCUGUCGACGUUGUCAGUUGCCAUGGAAACAAACAAUCACGUGCGUGACAGUUUUGUGGCAAUGUGACAAUGGGGUAUUCCCCGCGUGUUCUCCUUGCUGACUACCGGGACCAAGUCAGAGACCACCAGCCAGAGUUCCAACCAUUUCACUAAACAACGCACUCUUGCCAUAAGGUUGGACAGUGGAUUAUAGCCUUCACUGCCGAGGAUGGGCUCGACUGAGCUUCUGUGUCCAGAAAUCAAGUCUUGACAACCUGAGAACAUCGAGUACUUGUGCUGCACGGAGUUGCUUUGUCCCAUAUGUAACAAUAUCAUAAAUAUAACAAAUCAUUAAUAUAUGUUAGUUAAUAUUUAUGAAUCUCUAUAACUUUGCCAUAAAUACAGUGAAACGUUGUUAACUUGAACUCCUGGGGGAAUCGAUUAUUUGUCGAGUUAUCAGUUGUUCGAAACAAGCGGGCCUCAGAUAAGAGAUCAAAGGUUCUAGCGUAGAUCAUAACUCGAUUACUUCGUCUUGGAAGAUAUAUCGAGACCUCGAAGUUCGAGUAAACGAGUUUUCACUGCUGUACAUAUAUAUUGGCUGCUUAUGCCAUGUUAUUGAGAAGAAUUAUUUUGUUUGUUUCUUUGUUGUUUAACGCUGCAGUAUUCCAGCCAAAUGACGGCGGUCUGUAAAUAAAUUAUCGAGUCUAGAUCAGACAAUUAAGGGAUUGAUAUUAUGAGCAACGUCACUGCGCCUGACCACACAAUCCAUUAAGUGGUCUCUCACGACUAGCAUAGGUAAUAAGCCACUAAAAAGGUCGGAUAGUCAGGCCGAGUGACUUGUUGACUUUCUCGCUGUCGUACCCAGACGGUGUCCGACUGGUUUGCCUCAGCCAGACUCGAAUAUUAACAGGCUGCCGUGACUGCGGCGUUAAGCUACAAACAAACGAACGAACGAACAAACACCAUCUAUAAAAUAUUGUGCCGGUAAAUGGGUGGGGAGAGGUAAAUUGGUUAUUAAUGUUUCAUUAACGUAACUUCGUUAAUCCAAACUGUUAUAUUUACAGAUGAAUAAGUUAACGAAUAUUGCUUUAUGCCGCAUCUGAAAACAUUUUGUAACAUCUCCGCCAGAAUGUUUGGUAGAUUAGUUCCGGUUUAGCACAGAUCGUAAUAAGAAUGUUCGUGAAAAGGAUUAAUCAUACAUCGAAUAACGCUUCGACACAAUAUAUCAUUUGAUCAUAAACGAAAUGUUUCUCAUCUCAA